AUGCAGAAGCCGCCUCGAAAUGUUCCACCAAAACCAUUUAAACAGAGAAAACCAUUAGCAAUCCGAAAAUCAGAAGUCAUUGGAAUAAAGGCCAAGUUUCCAACUAAAAUCCCGGUCAUUGUGGAGAGGUACACUAAAGAAAAAUAUCUGCCACUCCUUGACAAAACAAAAUUUCUUGUUCCACAAGAUCUCCCCAUGUCUCAGUUUAUAAAUAUAAUCAGAAAUAGAAUGGAUUUGUCGGCCACCCAAGCCUUCUACAUUCUAAUAAAUGACAAGACCCUGGCUAGCAUGUCGCUUACUGUAUCAGAAUUAUACAGAGACAAUAAAGAUGAAGAUGGGUUUUUAUAUAUGACCUAUGCAUCUCAGGAAAUGUUUGGUGGAGUGUGUGAUGGUUAA